AUGAUACCGCCCGAAGGCUCCAAGACAAAGCAGGGCUAUGAACUCCAGUAUGGUGUAAACAAUAUUGCACAUUUCUUACUCUUGCUCUUCCUCCGUCCCGCACUCGAAGCUGCUGCUGCAUCGGCGUCCAAGAACUCAGUCCGCGUUGUCUGGGUUUCUUCCAACGCCGCCGACGCCGCACCGAAUCCGGCAGUAGACCUGACGAACAUGGAUUACCACCGCGAGGAGGGCGCUUAG